GAAAAAGCUCCGGCAGGCUGGCUCCAUUUCACCCCGCCAACCAAACAAAGAAACGGCUGUUUGUCAACGCCAAGUGACGGCAUCAAUCGCGAACUUCUUUCUCUGUUUGCGACAACUCCAAUACCGACAACCAUCAGAGCGCGUAAAGCGUGUCAGCAACCUCUCAUGAUGAAGGCGCAUACGCCUUCAGGUCUGAAAGAUGCCGCUAGACGGCGCAGCUCAGUUACCGGUGGCCAUAGGACGAGCAUGAGAAGCAGCAUACCUUUAGGAACAUCGAGAAUUGCUCAAGCACGCGCAAAGACCACACAACCUGCCUACGACUUUCUCACUGGAGCAGAAUCAACAUCUCGUCCACCCUCACGCGGAGCAGCUUUCAGACAAUCCCUACGUGCACCUUCCGCCGGCGAAAAUGUAAGACCAGAUGGCCCUACUGAGACGGACGAAGAGCGUGAGAAGAGACGCCGAGAGAUGGACGAGCUCAAGAUGGAAGUCAAGACCCUGAAAUACACAAUCGACAACCACAAACAGGAAGAGGAACUGGCGAAGCUAAGGCACGAGAGCGAGCUAAGAGAUGCAAGGCGAAAGGGAGAGGAAGAUUUCAAAAAGAUGCAAGCGGCGGAGGGAGAGAGGAAUAAAGCUGUACGGCAAUACGAAUCGCUGCUGAAGGAGAUGACUGAGAUUCGAGAUUCUGCAAGUAACGAGAAGGCGGCACUGGAAAGGCGGGUUAGGGAAAUUGAAGAGAGCAAGCGCAUCAUGGAAGAGGAAGUCGAGGAAUCCCGGUUUGAGAGAGAGGAGAAUAUGCGCGGCAUGGAGAGGAAAACAGCUGAGCUCGAGACCCGGAAUGAAACCCUGCAGCGGACGGUGGAAGAGCUUCAGCAGGAUUCAGACCGGAGGGAGAAUUUGCUGCAGCAGACGCAGCGGCAGCUGGCAGACAAGGAGACAGCAUAUGGUUCUCUGGAAGCAGAUGUUCUGCGGUUGAAAGCACAGACUGGCGAUGCGGAAACUCUUGGUGUAAUCAAGAGGGAGCUUGGUGAACAAGUUGCACAUAUCCGAAAGCUGGAGGUUCUCAAUCGAGAACAAGCUGCGGAACUAAAGCACUUAAAGAGACUUCACAAGAGUGUCGAAGUAGUCGAGGAGGAGAAGCGGACAUUACAACGACGUUUGGACGCUAUGGAGGGCCUAGAAAAUGACCUUGGAGAGGCCAGAAUUCAGAGGCAAAGACUUGAAGAUGAACGCUUAGCAUGGACUGCGUAUUUGCAAAGUCAAGAAAGUGGCGACGGCCAGCUGGAAUUCGAUUCUCCGGAAGCACUUGCCAGAGCUCUCGUUGAAGAACGACUUCAGACCGCAACUUUGGUUGAGAGACUUGGGGGAGUAGAACCAGAACUUGCUGCGAAGGACAGUACUAUCCAAGUCCUAGAAUCAGAGAAGUCUAAGUUGAUCGAGCAGAUUGAGAAGCUAAAGUCAACCCCAGCAACUGCUGUCAGCGGCCCAGCAAGCAGUAAAGUCCAGCUUCGUCUCGAGAGACAACGGGCAUUGGCAAUCAAGGAGGCUGAAUACCUUCGAGCCCAGCUCAAGACCUAUGAUACCGAAGACACCACUUUCCAACCCGAAAGCGUGGACGCUGCCAAGGUCCAACGCAUUCAAGAGCUCGAGGACAUAGUCGAAAAAUACAGACAGGAAGUCGAAGCUGUCAAUGCUGAAUUAGCUACGAAAGAAGUACCUCCAGCACCCAAAUCACCAACAGGCACGAAGCGCCGCCGCGAUGAUUCGGAAGAAAGCGAGCAACUAGGUCAACUGUCCCGCAAGAACCGCAAACUUCAAGACGAGCUCUCCACCCACCAAAACACCAUUAAACUUCUUCAGAAAGAGCUCUCCGUCACCAAAGAACGCCUACAAGCCUUAACAGAGCAAAGCAAAACGCGUGUUCUCUCUCUUCGCUCCAAUCCUACCGCAGACUUCGAAGCCAUCAAACUCUCAACCCUCAAUACCCUCCGUCAGGAGAACGCAGACCUCCUUACUCAACUCCGCACCAAACAACCAACACUAAAGUCAGUGCCCGAAUCAGCCCUCGAAGCAGCCGAGCAGCAAAUCGUCGCUGCUCAACAAGCUCUAGCUUCAGAGAAGAAGAGCAGCGACCGCCGCAUGAAAGUCUGGAGUGCGAAGACCAUCGAGUUCAGACAAUUGGUCAUUUCGCUACUGGGCUGGGACGUGGUCUUUAUGAAGGACGGCAAGAUGCGCGUUACGAGUUUCUUCUAUCCUAGCGAAGGCGAGGAUGAGAAUAGCAUUGUCUUUGAUGGUGAGAAGGGCACUAUGAAGAUCAGCGGUGGGCCAGAGAGUGCGUUUGCUGUGAAGAUCGCAGAUCAGAUCCGGUUCUGGGUCAAGGAGAGGGGUAGUAUUCCUUGCUUUUUGGCGGCCCUGACCUUGGAGUUUUAUGAGGAGAGUCUUAGGGAAGGGACCCUGAGGGUAGACGUGUAGCUCAUGAGAGAUGG